AUGGAGUCAAUACUGCACAAGUAUCGAGACCUAAAGUUUCGUGUCAAUCAUUUAUUAGUUGCGUACAGACAACGGUACUAUAGUACCCACAAGAAUCCUAGAGUAAUCCAAUCGAGAGUACAAAACCAACAAUUACUUUCCUUACGAACGUUUCCAAAAGAUCCAUACUUGACUGGUAGUGAUAAGCCUUUCUUACAUUUGUCAAAGGAAUAUGAAGAGACCGAGUCCCAAUACUUGGACAAUUCUGAUGAGAGAGACUAUACUUUGUUUGAAUACACCAAUGAUAUGUCUCUGAAAGCCCAUGAUUCUGCAACACACGGAAAAAGCUAUAGUGAACCUAAUUUUGGUGAAGGGUAUUUUCUGACAUUUCGAUUAGAAUUGCCCACAAACCCGUCAAGUGACGAACAACAUCAAGAGAUUACUCAAUUCGAUCCCACUCAACCAGCAGAACAAUGUGAACCACUUUUGGAUAUGCUGAUAACCACAGACGAGUAUCUUUCCGGAAGUUCUAUAUCUCCAGUCUCAUUUCCCUGUACUUGCCACUGCCACACUUUUGAAAAGAUCGCCCCACAAUCCUCGACAAAUAAGAGAAACCAUAACGUAAAAGAAAAAUUAUACGAUUUUGUAGUUAACAACUUUUCCAAAGUCACAGGUCAAGGAAAUGAUACAGUUGCUACAAUCUCCUCAAAUAUAGAAACUUUUACUCCCCUUGACAUCCAAGCAACUGAUAGUAUAGAAACAGUGCCAGAUAAAACUGAUCCAACUAAAGGUACAGACAGAAUCUGGAAAUUAGUUCUCAAUGACGUAUCGUUGUCUGCUGCAAGGUUAUCCACAGGAAGUUCCAAUAUUCCAGUAGUAAAUAAUCAAAAUAUAAGGGGUGACUUUAUCAAUGCAAAAGUGAAAACCAUUACCAAUAAUGAAAAUGAAGAUAUUUUCAACCAAUAA